GACAUUUCGGUUAUAGAAAUGUAAUCAACCGCUGAACCAAGCUAAAGAAACCGAACCGAAUAACCGGAACAAACCGGACACCCAGGGGAAAGAAAGUGGGGUUUAACUGUUUAAGUUUAAAAGAAAAACUGAAUCCAGAUUAACCGGAGGAGGUGUGUGAGAAGUUAUGGCGGCGGAGGAUCAGCUACCGGAGACAUUGAAACCUUUCUUUCACAGAGCCACCGAAGCUCAGGAACGAUUAGCUAGGCUUGAAGCUGCUGUUGCCUCCACCAAGACAGAUGUUCCAGAUGCGGAACUUGUGGAAAAGAUCACUCAAAUGCAGUGCAAACUCGAAGAAGCUAACAAGACGGUGAAGCAAGAAAAGGAUAAGGUGGAGAAACUUACUUCUGAAAACGAGAAGCAACGGUACCGUAUCUUGCAUCUUGUGCGUGCGCUCGAGGAUGCUGAUGAGAAGCUUGAGAAACUCUCUAAAUGAUUUGAACCUUUGUCUUUGAUUGUAAUGCGUUUCUUAAACAUCUUUACCAAGUUACUUUUUUUUUUUAUGGUAUCAGAAAUUAUCGGUUUGGGUAUAUCUUUGGCGUGUGUGUGAGAGAGAGUGAGUGUCAUAAGAAACUCUGCAGUUUGAUCGGAAGGACGAGAACAUAGUUAAACACUAGUGCGUACCACUCUGUGGAACCUGUUAUGAAGUUAUAGCUAAGGUUUCAGCCGGUUUGCAUAGCUAUUUAAGCAGAUUCAUCUU